UACACGGGAGUGGGUUCUAGUAGUCACGUGUCUCUCUUCUCAUCUAUUACCAACCAACAAAUUCUACCGAUAUUAGCAAAUACUCAGACGUUAGAGUACUCAAUGCCCGCUUUUCCAGUAAUGUUUACCGGAAUUCCUACAAACAAAUCACAGCCAAUGCUUCAGCCUAUUUUGCCCUCUACAUCGACCUCUCAAGCUUCGAAAACGCCUGCUCAAUUUAGUGAACGUGAAAGUAGCAGGAAGGAUAAGAAAAAGUAUUUGGAAAGAGUGCGUCGCUCUAAAAUCAAUGCCCAAAUCAGAACAAUGUACGAUCUCGUUUUUCUUAUGUCUGAUGAGAAAACUCGAAAGACCGAAAUAUGUGAAAUGCUAGCGGAGUGCGUGACAGUGAUACAAUCACUAUAUAAAAGAACUAUGGAAGAUAAUAUUUUGAAAGGGAGAGUUCCACCACCUGAGUCUUCAAAUGUACCUCCUAUGAAUGAAGAAGGAAAGGAAAAUGCACCCCCAAAUUCAAAUCUACCCACUUUUUCGCCUGUUUCUGUCAAUCUAUCUUCCAUCCAGACUACUUCAACUCCAAUUGAAUCCCGAAGACGUAAAAGAGAAAGUGCUGAUAGUGGUCUUGAGCAGUUUAAUCCUUCCACAUCUUCUUCCUUUUCAUGGUCUCAUGAUUCUCCAUCAGUUAAAAAAUCCAAAAUAACACAUCCCGAGAUCUGGCGACCCUACCAAGAAUAG